UUAUCAUGGCGGGAAAUUAUUUGUGAAGGAAGAUUUGCAGGGAAAAUACCUUGAAAAUGAGCGAGUUGAGAGACAGCCACAGACUUUUUCUUCAGUCGUUUAUGUCAAGAUCAGUUCUAGAUGCAAAGGAAGUGAAGACAUUGUACAAAAGCUGCUGUGAAAAAUUUAAUGAAGAGUAUAUUACCCAGGAAGAUGAGAGACGUCUACAGCUGGCAGAGUUUGUUAUUGUUAUAAACAACAGUAUUAAACCCUUUCAUAUGGAAAUAAAAAAAGGUUUGAGUGAAGAUAAUGGAACUAACUGUUACUGUUUAGUUAGUACCAGUGAUACGGCUAUAACUAAAAUGGCUUCCGAUUAUACAGCCACAGAAUUAGAAUAUUUCAAAAAAUUGAUAGAAUUAGUCGUGGAAUCAGAUGUCGGAUAUAUUGGAUCUGUGGAAGCGUUAAAUCUCACGGAAUCGUUAACAAAUACCAAGAAAAUGAGUAAAACAGAUGCUGAGAAUUUAUUGAAGAGAAUGAAAGCAGAUAGAUGGUUGAUACUUAACGAAGGUCAAGUGUCAUUAUCUACUAGAACUAUUUUAGAAUUAGAUAUGUAUAUAACGGAUACCUACCCUGAAGCAGCCAAGAUAUGUGAACUUUGUAAAAAACUCUGUCUUAAGGGUCAGAUGUGUGAAGAAUGUGGGGUCAAGUUACAUGUGCAUUGUGCUUCUCGAAUCUUCUCCAAACAAAACCAGAGAAAAUGUCUAGGACAGAGAUGUAACGCAGAAUGGGUGCAUGAAAUUCCAUCUAAAGAUGUUCCUGCUAGUCAACUUGUACAACAAGAGAAUAUACCCAGUCACAGUCAAAACAGAAAGAGAAAAGCUAAACAUUGAUUUAAUAGCAAAAUCAUCUACCUUCAACUGGACACACCUUGCAUACUCCAGGCAGGUUGGGGGGGGUUCAGGUAUUUCCGGAGUACAAAAUGGCUGCUUUAUAUAAAUGAGAAUUUUGGGGAAUACUAACCCCUCUCCCUAACCCUAACCCUUUUUAGAAGACUGAACUUGGAUCCAAUUUACCUUUUACCCCACUUAAAAGGGUUAGGGUUCAGGUUAGUAUUUCCCAAAAUACUUAUUUAUAUAAAGCGGCCAUUUUGGAUCUGAAAAUACCUGAACCUCCCCAAACGGCCUACACGUAGCAUCUCCCUACAUAUUUACCUGUUUCUUUUCAUUUAUCCCACAAUCUAAAUAUUGUGAAAGACAAUAAAAUGGAAAGAUGUUUAACCCGUUAAGCGUGAUGUUUUUAAAACGUUAACUACCCCCUAUUGUGUAACUAAUUUGACAAAGUGACAAAGUACUAUGUUCUAAGAAUAGGUUGGGUAAAAUACCUCCCAAGGCGUUAUAUUACGCCCUACACACAGUGAGUGGCAGUUGUCCAGAAAGUUAUAUAACGUCCUAUACAUGCUGCGAUCGUGGGGGAAUUCCCAAGGGAUUCCCUCAAGUGACCAACUAUGUUCUAAGAAUAGGUUGGGGAAAAUACCUCUAAGGUGUUAUAUUACACCCUACAACGGGUUAACGUCCUAGUUUUCUGCACCAACUGAGCUAGUGAUGAAGACAGGCAUACCGCUUUUACCUGUGAAUUAGACUCACCUGUUUUACCAAUUAUAUUUCAGAUAUCUACAUGCUGUCAAAUUAGAAUUUCAAACGAUUAAACCAUAGACCAUGAUAAAUCCAGUUCAAUUUGUAGCUUUUAUGUGCAAAAACUCUUUAAAAUAUAUUUAAAAAUUGAUAUAAUGCUAAAAAUUAACAUUUUCUUUAAAAAUUGAAUCGCUUGUUAAUCCUGUUUCCAAACUUUGUGAUUUGAUGAUAUAUUUGGACUAAAAUCAUAUUCAAAGUAACCAAUCUAUCAAAAAUUUGCUUCAAUUCCCUCUCAAAGCUUUGUAUUCGCCGGGGAUACCUAUAGCUAUAAGUAAGCUGUCUUUAGAGGCAAUGUCUGUCAACUUAGCUUCAUUGUUGGAGAGUCCAUUUUUCAGAAUGUAUUUAUUAUUACUUACUGUACAUUUACCGGUACCAUACAUAUUGAGGCCUAAAUAAAUUCUUAAUUGUUUC